UGGCCACACACAUACACGCACGCGCGCGCGCACACGCACUAAGGGGGCGCUUUAACGACUCCUGUUCGCCUGUCAGUUCAAGUGCGACGUCGACAGGAGCCGCGGUGAUUUUAUUCACGGAAAUAAACGACGCUGUCGUUAAGCUGAAAUCGGUAGAAGGCCCCCCUCCACGACCGAGCGCCGGAACCGAGCGGGAUUAGUGGAGCGGAACGAUGGCGGAGUCGGGCAACAGCGCAGCGGCAGCAGCAGCAGCAGGAGCCGCGGGCUCGAACGGCAGCGCCGCCGAUGCUGGAGGAACAGCCGCGCCCGGUGGAGCCACUGGAGCCGCGGGAUCCAAACCCGGCCUGGAGUCGGUGAAAGGACAGAAUUUCGACGUGGGCCCGCGCUACACCGACCUCCAGUAUAUCGGGGAGGGGGCCUACGGGAUGGUGUGCUCUGCUUUUGACAAUGUGAACAAGAUCCGAGUGGCCAUUAAGAAGAUCAGCCCGUUCGAGCACCAGACGUACUGCCAGCGCACGCUGAGAGAGAUCAAGAUCCUGCUGCGCUUCCGCCACGAGAACAUCAUCGGGAUCAACGACAUCCUGAGAGCGCGCCGCAUCGACUACAUGCGCGACGUCUACAUCGUCCAGGACCUGAUGGAGACAGACCUGUACAAGUUGCUGAAGACCCAACAGCUCAGCAACGACCACAUCUGCUACUUUCUGUACCAGAUCCUGCGUGGGCUGAAGUACAUUCACUCUGCCAACGUCCUCCACAGAGACCUGAAGCCCUCCAACCUGCUCAUCAACACCACCUGUGACCUCAAGAUCUGUGACUUUGGGUUGGCGCGGAUAGCCGACCCAGAGCAUGACCACACUGGAUUCCUCACAGAGUACGUGGCCACUCGCUGGUACCGUGCUCCAGAGAUCAUGCUCAAUUCCAAGGGCUACACAAAGUCCAUUGAUAUCUGGUCAGUAGGUUGCAUCCUGGCUGAGAUGUUGUCCAAUCGGCCCAUUUUCCCAGGAAAGCACUAUUUGGACCAACUGAAUCAUAUACUUGGUAUCCUGGGAUCUCCUUCUCAAGAAGAUCUAAACUGUAUAAUCAACAUGAAAGCCAGGAACUACUUGCAGUCUCUCCCACAGAAGCCCAAAAUUCCCUGGAACAAGCUCUUCCCCAAGGCGGAUAGCAAAGCUCUGGAUUUGUUGGACCGCAUGUUGACCUUUAACCCUAUCAAGCGUAUAACGGUGGAAGAAGCACUGGCACACCCUUACCUGGAGCAGUACUAUGACCCCACUGAUGAGCCGGUGGCUGAGGAGCCCUUCACCUUUAACAUGGAGCUAGAUGACCUUCCUAAAGAGAAGCUGAAGGAACUCAUCUUUGAGGAGACCGCACGAUUCCAGGCCAACUACCAAGGCUCCUGAGGGAAGCAAGCACCCAAGGAGAGCGAUCAAGCCACGCUAAGGCUAAGAACAAGAUAACUCCAAACAAGCUACAAAAGAUGUACACACAUGGUAUUCAAAAAAAAAAAAAAAAGGAAAAAAAAAGGAGAAAAAAAAUGUACAUGGAAAACUUGAGCGUUUCUUUUCUUUCUUUCUCGCCUGGAGGCUCUGUUUGGGUUUCUAACCUGCUAUGUUAACGCCAUCGAACGGGGGCAGCUGUAUCCACCGUGCCACUCCAUGCUGCACACAGCCCCUACUCUUUCACCCUUCCUGCUUAUCGGCUCACACUUUUUCUCUUCCUUGCACUCUCUCCCUCUCUCAUCUCGUCACGUUUGGCCUGCUACCGGUCUGUUGUUUAUGCCAUUAAAUGGAGGAAGAAUAGAGAGGGAGAGAACGUGCGAGCAUAUCGUUACUAUGGGCUCCGGCUGGGUGUGUAUGUAUGUGUAUAUGUAAUUUGGAGGUUUUUUGCAUUUUCUCUGAGUAUUGUAUGUCCGAGAUCCGUUUGUACACUGUAAUUUGAACGUUAUGAUCCUUUGCAAAAUGUGUUUUGUAUGUGGAGAGUUUAUAUUUGAGUAUUUGUUAGAUUUUUUUUUUUUUUUUUUUUAAAAAACAAAAUACAUGUGAGAAGUCUGGUUAGUUUUCCUUGUGAGCUUUUCUUGCUCCAGCUUGUGAAAGCCAAUGCUGAUGAUUCCAAAAAAAAAGGAAAAUAUACAGGAUGAAGAUGUAUAGAACUGAAUCUUGCUUUACUUACUGUACCAUAUCCGAUUCCAUUGGUGGGGUUUUUGAAACGCUAUCGCCAGUGCUCUUGGAAAAUGAAGCCAUCAGUAUCAUCAAACUCAAAUAUCAUCCCCACAUCCCUUUCUUUUUCUCUUUCUGUGUAUCUCUAUCUCACUUUUGCCGCUGCAAUCACGCUUUAGACAUUGAAUGUUCAUUUCCUCAAUGUUCCUUAGUGUGUAGAUUAUCUCCCUGUUGUUAUUUUUGGUUGUGUUGCUCUUACAAUAGUGGUCAUCAAUGACUUCCCUUUUUUUUUUUUUUUUUCCUUUCCAGAUAAGCGUAAUUUAUCUCAGAUUUUAACCGCUGAUCCCUUGACAUCGCUUUCCUCCAGCACCUGCAGCAUUCCUUCACAUUCUUUCUCCUCACACGUUGCCAGUUGAGGAGGCAUAGCCAAGCCGAACGCUUUCAGAGCCAUAGCACACACUCCUUCCCCCCUGGUGAUGUCACAAUUUCUUCAAAAAGGGCUUUUUUCCACGGGGCUUGCUGACCUCAACGCCUCUCUCGUCUGUGAUUGGCUGACCUUGUGAUAAUGUAGUCUGUGACUGGCUGACUUUGCAUGCACCAAAUCACAGGUAGUGUUUCCUAUUUUCCUGCUCGUUUGAAGAAGUGUUAUUGCCUCGUUUGUUUCCUGCAACUGACUAAACGCCUGUAACAACGCAGAUAUAUGCUUUUUGUCCAGUCUCCGAUGAGGAAAGCUAGCUCUAGAUAGGGGGAAUGGAAAAAUUUUUAAAUAGUGGGGUGUGUUUGUCUUUGAAUAAAAGCCAGGCUUGAUUUCUACACCGAUGUUAAUGUUGUUGUUGAUAUUCCUGUGUGGGGGAAAACAAAAGUGCACCCUACAGCACGUUUCAUACAUCGGUCGAAUGACGUUCUUCAAUCUGUGCACCUGCACUUUUUGUCUCACGACCAAAUGCUUUGUUUUAUUUCUUCUUUUUUUUUUUUUUUUUUUCCUCCUGGUGCAGUUUUGCUCUGUCCUCUUUCCUGUCUUCUCUUUAUAGAAACUUUUUGAUCGAUGGAGACAUGCCAUAACUCCUGUAGUACUCGCUCCAUUUCGGUCCCGCUUUCUUUUUCUCUUCUUCUAUGGCACUCUGCUUUUUCUCUUGCUUUGCCGGUGCAUUGUGGGACAGGAAGGCACAGAUGGUCGGGCUGCAUCCCCAUGUCUGUGUCUGCAUGUCUGUCUGUUUCGGCUUUGAGCUGUUUUUCCUCCGCGUCCUCUCGCUGCGAGUGACUCCACGCCGCUCACUGAGCCGAGGGGAACAAAUCUUUACCAAGGAAAAAUUUGUUAUGCCGCCUUGUCGUUGAUGUAUUGCUUAUUUACAAAUGGGACCACAGGGACUGAACAAUCACACAGCACACACCUACAGAUAUCCCUCACUCACACAAGCAGUAUAUGAUUUGAGACCUACAAAUGAGGCAGAUUUAACAAUGUCCUUUUAAUGGCUGUUCUUAUAAUUAUUGCUGUUAUAUUGAUGAGUCUUUUUUUUUAAGAACUGAAAAAGGGAUGUAAAACUUUUGUCCUUUUUUUCCUUUCAUUUCUUUCAUUGUGUGUGAAAAUUAAUUGGGUGUGUCGUCACUCUAUCUGAAAUCUAUUUUUUUUUUUUCCCCUGAAUCUUUUAAGGAUUUAUUUUAAAAGAUGAUUUAAAGCUAUGAGUAGACUGUCAAGAGAUAUGAACCAUGGAUGGUUUUAGUGUAUGUACAUGCUUAUGGGUAUUAUGAAUUAAACAAUUAACAAAGAAACAGACUUAUAUACAUAUAUUAAAUAAAAAUUGCUGAUACUGUUA